GCCGGGAGGAAGUGAAGGGGAGGAUCAGGAAGCACCGUGCACCCCGGGAGUGAAGAGGGCACGCAGCCUCGAUCCUCCCAAGCACACUCCAGUGACCCCGGCGCCUGACAGACUGCCAGACGGACGGGUAAGGAGCUCACAUACCCAGACACACGCACGAGCGCAGAACAAAGGGCCAAACAUGCUCUGGACUCGCUCCGCCUCUGCCUUGCUCUCCUCCGCCCAAGUUACCUGCGCAGUUUUCCCCAGUGCCUCGCCAAGACCGAUCUUCUCAUGCUGUCUUCAAGCCCUGCUUCCUGCACAUCUCCCAACCCGGACAAGGAGAACCCAAGUAAGAAGGUCCAGUGGGCUUCUGGGAGGAGGAGGACAUCAUCCACAGACUCAGAGUCAAAGUCCCACUCCGACCCUUCCAAAGUGUCCCGUUCCCGGAGACCCACUCGUCUGACGGUGAAGUACGACCUGGGGCAGCUCCAGCGCUGGCUAGAGAUGGAGCAGUGGGUGGACACUCAGGUUCAGGAGCUCUUCCAGCAGGAUCAACCAACUCCCGAGCCGGAGAUUGACCUGGAGGCUCUCAUGGAACUAUCCACAGAGGAGCAGAAGACUCAGUUGGAGGCUGUUCUCCAAAACUGCCCCCGCCCCACAGAGACUUUUAUCUCUGAGCUGCUCAGUCAGCUCAAGAAACUCCGGAGACUUAGUCGGCCUCAGAAAUAAGCCUUGUGAGACUAUCUUCAGGAGCCUCAGCACUGCCAGGUCUGCUGGGAACCUCUGGAUCCUGGGCUGAGAGGGAAACAGCUCCUUGGACUACAGACAAAGAACAUGGAGAACAAGGAGGGACAUUUGGACACACCUGUGUGUGUGUGGUCAGCUGCGCCUUCUGGGAGCCAGUCAUGGCUGUUGACCAGUGCUUUCCUUGGUAGCCAAACGGAUAAAACCUUUGGGAGACCCA